AUGCUUAUAAGCCUUUUCGGAAAAUUGCUUUCAGAUCGUCAACAGAAUGUUCACGCCCUUAAGAACACACUCAAAACGGCUUGGAAGCUAGGGUCUGAUCUAAGAAUAGUCGAGGUAGGCAAUGAUAUUCUGCAGUUCAAGUUCAGAUCUAGAUAUCAAAUGGAAUGGGUUGAAAAGAGCGGUCCGUGGAACUUUGAAAACAACCUCCUCUUCCUGUGUCGCUGGAAAAAAGGUCUAUCUUCUACAAACAUAGUAUUCAUGCAUACCCCUUUUUGGGUCCAAGUCUGGGGUCUGCCAUUUGAGUUCAUGAAUGAAGAGGUAGGUAAAGACAUUGGAGGCACAAUCGGCAAUCUCUUAGAAGUUGACAAAUGCUCUUGGCAAUCCAACCAGGCAAAGUUUAUGAAUAUAAGAGUUGAUGUUCACAUAAAAAAUCCUCUACAAAGAGGAGGCUAUGUAUCCAGCCCUAAGGGUGUCAAUCACUGGGUAGCUUUCAAAUAUGAAAGGCUACCAACACUCUGUUCUAUGUGCGGAAGAAUCGGUCACGAUAUUAAGCACUGUUUAGAAACCACCAACGGGCAAGAGAUAGAAAAACAGUAUGGGGAAUGGAUAAGGGCUGGUUGGAACUCAAAGGGCGAGCAAAGCAGAACUCGAAUCACUAGUAGCGAAGCCCAAACAACGACGGAGAUGGAAACCGGCAACGUUGGAUAUCGUGUACCCUCUGACAACUCAAGCAUACCCGAGUCAGUUGGUCUUGGGGAAAACAAUAUCUCUAAGGAAAAUCCAGCGUUGGGGAAUGUUCCAGAGGCAAGCAUAGCGACAAACCAAACUGCUUUGCUUCUGCAAGUGGCAAAAAAUUAG